AUGCUAAAAAACAUUCACCGCUUCUUUAGUCAAGAAGUCUUUGAAUUUUGUAAAAUUUCAAUAAUCGGAGCAAAUGGUGGCGUGGGCCGCAGCCUGGCCCAACAGCUAAAGCAGAAUAAUCGUUUCAGUGAAAUUUGCCUAUACGAUAUCAGCUGUACGAAAGGCCUGGUUACAGAUCUGUCGCAUAUCAACACAAAACCUAAAGUUACAGGUUAUAGCGGAGCCGAAAAUUUACACGAGGCCCUGAGAUGUUGUGAUAUUCUGGUCUUGACAGGGGGACAGUCCCAUACGCCCAGCAUAACAAGUCGUGAACAAAUGUUUGAUGGCAAUGCCAAAUUAAUGGUGCAGCUGAUUGAGACCUUAGCAAAGGUUAGUGGAAAGGAGCGAGGUCCACCACAUCUCCACAUUGUUACAAAUCCCGUAAAUUCGUUGGUCCCACUGGCCGCUGAAUUGCUGAAGAAGCAUGGCAUCUAUAAUCCCCGUCGGCUAAGUGGUUGCACAAAGGUAGAUUCCAUGAGAGCUGCUACCUUCCUCGCAGAACUCAUGGGCGUAGAUCCAAGAUAUGUGCAUGUUCCCGUCAUAGGUGGUCAUUCGGAAAAGAGUAUUGUUCCUCUGCUUUCACAAUCUCAGCCGAAAUUUUCAUUGGACUUGGAUACCCAAAUAAAAUUGGCUAAGCGGAUUAUUCAUGGUGGCCAGGAAGUGGUUUUGGCCAAAAAUCACCAGGGAGCUGCCCAACUUUCUAUGGGCUAUUGUGUGGCACAAUUUUGUGAUUCUGUGGUUUCGGCGCUGCAGGGUGUCAGAAAUAUCGAAGAAGUUGGUUUUAUACCAUCGGAAAUAAAUGAAUUGCCAUAUUUUGCUUGUCAAUUCCAAUUGAACAAGGAGGGGGUUGGAGGUCAUCAGAGGCUGCCACCAAUGUUGCCAUUUGAAAUAGAACUUUAUAAUCAAGCGAAAGAUGAUAUUCGGGAAAAUAUUGAGAGGGCUAAGGAGUUUAUGGAGAAAAAUAAAUUGUGA